AUGCCUCAGCGAAGAUCCCACGAUUCUACAACCAGCCUGGUUGAGCUCUACUUCUUUGAAGAACUUAUGCGCACCUGUGGACGCGACGAGGCCAACAACUGGUUGGCAUCGAACCACAGCUCAAGAGACUCCUCAAGAUGUGCUUCAAGAAUGUCAUGCGAAGAAUCUAGACCAGAAACUCCAACCUCGGAAUGCUCGUUUCACGGAUCGCACGAUAUCUUGAGAUCACGGCACUCAAUCUGCGAAGGAGAAAUGUCCCACAAGAGGAUGAAGGAGAUCGUUGAUGAGCUUGGAAGUGAAGCUGGACUGCUCUUCACUGAUGCAGCUCACACCGUGCUCAGAUAA